AUGUCCGACUAUAGCAAAACUGCAAUCCUAUCCGUAUACGACAAGACAGGUCUACUUGACCUAGCAAGCGGUCUCGUCGCAAACAAAGUCAGAAUAAUCGCAUCCGGUGGUACCGCUCGUAUGAUCCGCGAUGCUGGUUUCCCCGUGGAGGACGUCUCCUCCAUCACUAACGCUCCUGAAAUGUUAGGUGGCAGAGUGAAAACUCUACAUCCUGUCGUCCAUGGCGGUAUCCUAGCCAGAGAUAUCCCCAGUGAUGACAAGGAUUUACAAGAACAACAUAUUGAAAAAAUAGAUUUCGUCGUUUGUAACUUGUACCCUUUCAAGGAAACAGUCGCUAAGAUUGGCGUCACUGUUCCUGAAGCGGUCGAAGAGAUCGAUAUCGGUGGUGUCACUCUUUUAAGAGCCGCCGCUAAAAAUCAUGAAAGAGUCACUAUCUUAUCCGAUCCAAAUGAUUAUAGAACUUUCAUCAAAGAGUUAUCUCAUGGGGGAAUCUCCAAGGAUUUGAAAAACAAACUGGCAUUGAAGGCCUUCGAACAAACAGCAGACUAUGAUUCAGCCAUUGCUGAUUUCUUCAGAAAGCAAUACUCAGAAGGUAAGGGUCAAAUUACUUUACGUUACGGUGCCAACCCACAUCAAAAACCAGCCCAGGCCUACGUCACCAAUCAAGAAGAAUUACCAUUCAAAGUCCUUUCCGGAUCCCCCGGUUACAUCAACUUAUUGGAUGCAUUAAACUCAUGGCCCCUAGUGAAGGAAUUAUCCGCCACUUUGAACUUACCUGCCGCUGCCUCUUUCAAGCAUGUCUCUCCAGCAGGUGCAGCUGUGGGUAUCCCGCUAUCUGAUGUGGAAAAGAAGAUCUAUUUCGUCAACGAUAUUGAGAAUCUAUCUCCAUUGGCUUCCGCCUACGCGAGAGCUCGUGGCGCUGAUAGAAUGUCCUCUUUUGGUGAUUGGAUCGCCCUAUCUAACAUCGUCGACGUUCCAACGGCAAAAAUCAUCUCAAGGGAAGUCUCAGAUGGUAUAAUUGCCCCCGGUUUCGAACCCGAGGCCCUAGCCAUUCUAUCAAAGAAGAAAGGUGGCAAAUACUGUGUUUUGCAAGUGGAUCCAAAUUUCACCCCAGGUGAUAUUGAAAAGAGAGAAGUAUUUGGUGUCACGUUGGAGCAAAAGAGAAAUGAUGCAAUUAUAAAUAAACAUACUUUUAAAGAAAUCGUCUCCAAGAACAAGAAUUUAACUGAACAGGCAAUCAUUGAUUUGACUGUGGCUACCAUUGCUUUGAAAUUCACUCAAUCAAAUUCUGUAUGUUAUGCCAAGAAUGGUAUGGUCAUUGGGUUAGGUGCAGGACAACAAUCUAGAAUACAUUGUACUAGAUUGGCAGGUGAUAAAGCUGAUAAUUGGUGGUUUAGACAACAUCCAAGAGUCCUAGAUUUCAAAUGGGCAAAGGGUGUUAAGAGACCAGAAAAAUCUAAUGCCAUUGAUUUAUUCGUUACUGGACAAAUUCCAACUCAAGAACCAGAAAAAUCUGAAUAUGAAUCUAAAUUCGCUGAGUUACCUAACCCAUUAACUAAGGAGGAAAGAGAAGAAUGGCUAAGUAAAUUGGAAAAUGUUUCAUUAUCUUCUGAUGCAUUCUUCCCCUUCCCAGAUAACGUUUACAGAGCUGUUAAAUCCGGUGUUAAAUACAUCGCUGCUCCAGCAGGUUCCGUCAUGGAUAAAGUUGUCUUUGCCGCUGCUGACUCAUUUGAUGUGGUAUACAUUGAAAAUCCAUUCCGUUUAUUCCACCAUUAA